CAAGUUGAGGUAAAGUCAGAUUCAAAUUUAUAUUCACACUAUCCUUCUUGUGCAAUAUAUACUGAUUCAGAAGAAUUCUUUAUUUCAAAAUCUGAAUAUGCAAAAUGGAUUAAAGAGUUCCAAAAAACCAAAAUGUUUCUAGUAAAAUAUGACUGUAAAAGACAUAAACCAUUUAUUUGCAAAUUUUGCUUUGCAAAAUGGUUUUAUAGACCAGACUUCUAUGCUCUUUCACAUCAACUAGAAGAACAAGAAAUCCGAGAAAUUCAACCUGGUCAAUGGCGUGACAAAGGUGAAAAAAUAUAUGGACUAGUUACCGAUAUUGUAUACUGGCCAAAGAAUAGGCAUUGGGAAUCGAUCAAAAAUAUUUCUGAAAGUACAGCACCCUCGAUUCAUGAUCCUAUUACAAGAUAUCGAAAAUCAUAUCUUAAUGGAGGAGGUGGUUCAGGAAAAACAAUGCGUGCAAUUCGAAUUUUCAAAAAAUAUAAACAUGGUUUGGGAAAGUGGACACCUGAACACAUGGAAGAGAAAAAAUUUUCACGAGUUGUUAUUUGGGAUGAG